GCUAACAAGUUCAGUUGCCCACGUUGGACAAGAGAGCUGGGAGUGAUAAUCUCUGCUCGCUUCUCACUGAUUGGCAAUGGAAGCAUCCAAGGAUCACAGAUUCCCUCAGAAAAAGAAAAGAAGAUGCAGCGUUAGUGACAUCUGUCCCCCGCCCUUGAUCCCCCUGAUCGCAGCUGAUAUCCAAUUGGGGAUGGAAAAUGAGAGAGUUGGGGUGCUGAGAGACACCAUGUUCCAGAACCACCUCAUCCUUAAGCCAGAGCUGGGAAGGCCACGCCAAAUUUGUGCACGCUUGCCAGGGUCUGAUUUUGUGUAUGGACUACGUCUUCCCAAUGAGGGGGGAGUUCCUGAAGCGAUAGGCCACUGGAAUGUAAUGAAAGUUGCACCAAAACCACCAAAGAAGAUGCCACGUGAUUUUAUUUCUAUGAACCACAAAGCAGUCAAGGCUGGCCUUAUCACAGCAAAGGAACACUAUAGGUACCGCCAAACCCAUGAUAUCCGUCUCCCCGAAGAUGACGAACGUCACUUUAAAAAGGACCCACCACGCCUACCAGAUGCCAUGACAUAUGGAAUGCCACCUCGCCGCCAUACCCCUAUCACAGAUGUUCUCGAGCAUCGGUUCCAGGAUAUCUGGGUGGAGGAACAACGGGAAAACACCUACAUUCAAAAGGAACAAAAAAAGAGGAUAAUGCCCCAUGGGAAAGUAUACAAGACAUACUGCAGCAUGCUGAGAGAACACCAACGGCCUGUGAAAUCAGCUCCACUUUGUCAUUUGCCCUCUUUGGAGAAAGUUGACCCUCAUCUCAGUACCUUUCGCAGCCAAGAUGCUAAAGCAAAAGCCUUCAAGGUCUAUCAGUCAGAAGCUGCAACAAGAUGUGGAAUACUUGCUCAGGGCAUUUAUACAAAAUAUUGAAAAAUUCCAUAUAUCUUAAAUUAUUAUCCAUUUUCAAAUAAAAUAGACUAUUUUCAAUUUGUGUCUGAACAGGAAGAGUUGCAGUGGUCAGACAGGGAAAUACUUAAUUGGUUUUUACUGUAAAUACCUAUAUUAAUAUAGACUUCUUUGAAAGGGUUUUUCACUAGCACUGACAACAGGGAACAAGAGGUGAACUGCAUCUUAGAGGAAAAGAGGGAGUGAGCUUGGGACUUGACGUUAUGUCCACUAGUAAACUGGUGAACAUUUCCAAUCACAGCUCAGAAUUUUCCAUGCUCUAGUUGCAUCAAAUGUGCUGCUAAAUUCUCUUAGACUGAGAUUAUAGCUUGAUUCUCCCCUCCUUAAUUUUGAUAAUACUUAGCCUGAUGUCCAGAGAUGCUGAGCACAUGUGAAACUCAGACCAAUAGUGUGUUUCCAUUCUAAUUUUGACAGUUGUCCAAAAACAUUUCCUGCCGUAUAUAUUAUCUGUUACUGUGUUGUAGCGUGGGGUUACACUGAUGAUGUCACAACAUUUUUCUUCCUUUGUCAAUAAGUGUC